GACAGCCUUGCCUGUGUUUUUCCGGAUAUCGAUCCGUUUACACCCGAGGUCAUGAAAUUGUCCGGAUUGGAAAGGCGCCGGGUUAAAUGUGACGGCUACAUGCCGGAUCUGACCUACGUCAGAGGUAACAGGCUAGAGGUCAACCAAACACGGGUCAGGGCCAUUGCUGAUUUCAAAUCAUGCAAAUAUCAGGAGAUCCUCGUCCACCCGUCAGGGGAUAAAAAUAUGACCUUCGGGGGGUGGAGCGACAGCUUCACUUCCGGGAUACGCCUGAGAGAAAAUGUUGAAUUUCUUGUGAGCGUGUGUGAAAAUAACGCAUCCGGCACGACAUCUAAAACUUACCACACCCUCGUUCCCAAACGCCGAGAUUUGGCAGAAGAGCUGUCUUUCAAGUUCAAGAGGCGUGAUGUCACGUUCAGCCCGAAAGAAACGCUGAACGUCGUCAUGAUAGGAAUGGAUGGAGUUUCUCGCAAUCACUUCAUGAGGGCGAUGAACAAAACCUACGAGUUCCCGAUGAACGAGCUGGGCUCAUUCGACCUGAGCAUGCACACGCAGGUCGGCGUGAACACUUUCCCCAACGUCUUGGCCCUCUUAACCGGAAGCUACGAAAACGAAAUCAGAAGAUGGUGGCGGACUUCCGGAUUCUUGGACACAUUCGACUUCGUUUGGAAGGACUUUGAGACCGCCGGGUAUAGGACACUGUACACGGAGGACCAGCCCACCCUCGGGGCGUUUCACUUGGGGCGAAAAGGAUUUAGAAUCCCACCAACACAUCAUUACAGUCGCCCGAUCUGCCUGGCAAUCGAGGAUGACAGUUCUAUAUGGAAAGCCGGUCGCCAUUGCCUGGGUAAUCUGCCGGAGAUUACCUUUCACUACGAAUACGUUAAAAAGUAUCUAGAAACAUUCAAAGGCGAGCCGCUGUUCGCCAUGUACUUCCAAACAAGGAUCUCACACGAUGACGCAACGACCACAAAAAUGGCCGACGAUCACACUUACGACUUUUAUAAAUACCUCAACGACAGCGGACAUUUAAAUAAAACGUUGCUGGUGUCGUUUUCUGAUCACGGCAUCCGAUGGGGGCGGCUCCGACAAACAUUUAACGGCUUAAUUGAAAGUCGCGCUCCCUAUACGAUUCUGACUUUCCCCAAAUGGUUUUUGGACAAGUAUCCGGAUGCUGCAAGAAAUUUAAAAACAAACACUGAGCGACUCACGACCCAUUUCGACACACACGCAACCUUGAAGGAUCUCAUCUAUUUCAAGUCUGAUCGCACGGGUCCUUUAAUUCCAGGAAUUCACGGGGCAUCUCUUUUCGGGGAAUUGCCGAAGUCAAGAGUGUGUGAAGACAUCCCCAUCCCAAUGGAGUUUUGUCUGUGUGGCCAGGGUCGAAUACAAGAGCUUCCCAGCGCGUCCGAAUUAAGUCAUGGAUUAGUCGAUCUUGUUCUAAGGUCAGUUAAUCACAAAACGAACAAAACGAAGUGUGCGAACUUACAUUUAGAAGAGAUUGUUAACGUCGCCUACAUCACACUGAAGAAAGAUGAUGGCAAGGAGCAGAGAGUAUUUAAAAUCAAAUUCAUUACUUCGCCAGGUGGCGCCCUGUACGAAGGAACGAUAACUACGACGAAAUGUGAGGAUACGGAUCUGCUGCAUUAUAUUGAAGCGCUGAACUUGGCGGAAGUCAACAACACUCUGUCGGUGACAGUCGGAGAAACAAUUGACAGAUUAAACUUUUAUGAAGGUCAGGCGGAUUGCGAGCCAGAUGUUACAAAGAAAGCUUACUGCUACUGCCAGGAUCUGUUCAAUCAAACAACUCAAUCUUAA